AUGGAGCCGUCGACCGUCGCCGAACAACGCGCAACUGCUGUCGCAAAGCUCAAGCGUGCGGCGUCACUCCCUCGUAUGAAGGACGGGCGCCGCCCACCGAUGCACGUCGAGGCCGUCAGCGAAGGGGAGAGGAUGGAAGAUGAUGGGCGGGCUGAUGAGGAGAUGGAAGAUGAGUCGGAUGUAAGGCGGGGGUCGCAGGAGGAAGGGUCGGACCAAGGGCCUGGGACAGAAGUGGCGGAGGAGGCGAAGGUCGAGGACACACCGCCACCGCAACCACCAGAGACCCCAGUGCAGUCGGAAAAGCAGUCGGAGAGCACGCCGACUCGCUCGAAGCGGAGAUCCCGCUCGCGGACGCGCUCACGGACCUCCAAGGACAUGAAGAACAAGGCGACGAAACACUCGCCACACGUCAGCUCCGCCAGCCAUACAAACGAGUCUUCCGCGGACGAGUUCUAUCCCUCUGCGCCAGGCGAGGAUGCGCCUCCGUCACCUCUUCUAGUCUCGCCUAUACCGUCUCAGGCGUUUAUGCUGCCAGCUUCGCGGCUGCUUGCAUCCCCGCUGUUCAGGCCAGGCACGCAACCACCGACACCUCUGCCCACGCUCAAUGACCUGCAAACUGUCGCUCGGAUGGGUCUGUAUAGAUCAAACAGUGCGGGUGCGGCUAGAGCCAUGGCGAUGUCCAAGUUGACUGGCGAACCUAUGGACCUCGGAUUCAUCUCGCCUUCGGCUACACCACCGCCCGGCGGGGCGCGACUGCAGCGUAACAAUACAGUCUCCGGAGGUGAGAGGCUAGCUGCGAGGAGGCUCAUGCUGAACAGACUGGGCAACCGAAUCAAUGCGGCGGAUGGUGAUCAGACUAGUGGUGGCGAGGAGGCCCCAGCGCCGGUGCUUCCGCCAAAGCGCAGGAGACGGCGGUCGAAACGCGCUUCCUCGCGUGCGUCGACCGUGGUGGACGAUCGAGAAGAGCGCGAACCUCCUUCUACGACGCCUAACACGCCAAUCGUGCCGCCGUCGCCCCUACAGCCUUUCAAUCACAACGCCCCGGAACCACCACGUCCACCGACAGCCAAUGGAGAUGCUGGCCGCGCAUCUCCGUUCAGAAAGCUGAAUGGGAGCGUAACUUACGACUACGAGAAACCCACUGGCCAUCGGGGCGUGGUUGUCGAAGAAGAGGAUGAUACACCGGAGCAACUACCAUUACCCAAACUGCCCACAACACCCGCGCGGGGGUUCGCACAACCACCUGGUACUCGCCUGCCACAUACGUCCGACGCGCCAUCAAGCACGUCGACAGACUCGGCGCCCGCAGGUGCUGUAGGGGUACCAUUCUUCCUGUCACGGCAUCCUGGACUGGGACGGGAGCCGUUCCCAGCGAGCCCGUUUGCUACUCCGUUCAAAGAGAAGCCGUUCCCGGACGAUGAUGAACAGGUGCUUUACCAGGAGACCAGGAGUCGGUCAAGGCUCGCUUUCGAGCGCGAGAGUGAGAUCAGUUGGGUCGCUGAGCCAUUGCCCGUUGAACGUUCACCUGUGGAUGAAGACGAGCAGGCGGACGAAGACGAGGAUGACGGGGACGCAGAUGAAGAGGAGGAAGAUGAAGAGGUGCAGGAGCCUGAAGCUGAGGCCGAAGAGGGUGAGGAACCCACUGGUGACAUUGAGCAACCCUCGCAACCCUUGCACGAUCGGCCCCAACUCACAGCGCGGACCGACCUCGUCGUUGAUCUCGAGACUUCUCCGGAACCGACUUCUUCACAUAUCGUCCCUUCUCCUAUUUCUCCAAUAGUUCCCCUCUCGUCUCCGACCCCUGACCUGCAACUGAACACUCAGGUCUCUCCCGUUACGUACCCGCGGGCGCUUGCUGUAGGGACGCCCAGUCAGCUCGAUCGCCCUCCUAGUGUUGACCUCUCUGAUUGGGAGGAGCGAGCAAGGCUGACUGACUCCACGAUCAAACGGACACCAGGGGAGUCUACCAGUGCUUGGGAGCGCGUGAAGAACACGUUCGGUAUCAGCCGGAGUGGUUCUAUCAGCGGCCGACGCUCACGCACGAACAGCAUCAAUGCGCGGGAUCGUCGCAACAACACGGACUCCAGUGUUAGUCGUGACAGUCGUGCAAGUCUGUCGAAGGAAAAGGGAGAUCAUGCUCACCCUGACACACAGCCCCCCUCUGCGUCUACGUCUAUGUUAUCUCUUCCUGCCGGUGCUCAGAUGGGUCUGCAUUCUCCAGUGCCGCCCGCUACUCCUGUGGACAUGCUCAUGUACGAGGCAAACUCCAAGUUGCACCCGUUCCCUGGUCUCAAGCCUUCGUUCCCCAACAUGAAGGCUGACGGGAAGGGCGGGAAGCCCAUGACGCCUUCUGCCUCGAGCCCAGAUGUUGCAUCGCCCAAUGGCCUUGGUGAAGCCCUCAGCUCAAGCUCGUCGAACACCGCGACAUGGCAAAUAGAGAAUGGUAGGGAACGCAAACUCUCCCACCAAGCCUCCGACAGUCGCCUCCUGCCGAAGUUCAACGGCGCCACCUCGCCGCCCCCUGUAUCGGCCGUGAACUCGAACGCUUCCCAAGGUGAUUGUUUCAGUAUGUAUCCCAUGCCUACUCCCGUAAACGCAAGUACCACAGGUUCGAUGAAGCUGCCAAUGAACCGGGAAGGCGUGAAGAAGUGGCUGAGCGCGAAGAAGCUGUUCUCCUCGCAGACAUCCCCUGUCAUGACACCUAGCGGUUCUAGCUCGCCUCCUUCGGAUAGCCGGCCACGGAUGGCUGACAAGAAGGGUUCGUUCUCCGACAUGCUGCUGAACAGGAAGGAGGCCGAGAGCGACUGGGAAGAGCUGAACCGCGCCAAGUCACCGACGUCGGUGAACUCUCCGGGCAGUGCGGGCACCUCCACUCUGGGCAAGCCACGAAGAGAAGACGGCAGAUUGCCUCCUAGGGGACCGACUCCUGUCUUCCCGAGCCAGGAUUCUAGCCCAGAGACAGUCUUAUCCCCCAGGCCUGAUGUGGACUACAGCAGGUCGAACGGUGUUGCGUCACCGUCUGACUUCUCUGCCUCGUAUCCAUCCCCACCUGAUCCGCCGUCCUCAACAACCCCAGAUCCUCAAUCCUCCCUUGACGAAUUCCCGAUCCGCUCGACGUCAGAGUCGUACUCUGACUCGUCCUCCCAUCGGUCAACAGACCACCAGCGCUUAGAGUCUUCACAGAGUGCAUUCAUCUUCGAACGGCUCGAAGAGGUGCUCGGGCGAGGCACGAAGACUUCCAUGUACCCCGACGACCCUCCAAGGAAGCUCGUCAUGUCUUCGCCUGUCCUUCAGGUGGCAAACACCAAUACCGUCAAAGAUCGGUUCCUGUUCUUGUUCAACGACAUCUUGGUCAUUGCGAAGCCUAUCGUGCAAGAUCAUGAUGCUUUGUUGGAUACGAUGAAGCCCAGCCCGCUGGACAGGAAAUUCAUCGUGAAGAGUGUCUGCCGGCUCCGCGAUCUCCGUCUGUGCAGUGACCGAGAUGAACAACGCUCGAAGGCAUCCAGCAGCUCCAAUCAGAUGCGUCAUCCGGUGAUACGGACUUUCGUGACGCAAUUCUCCAAGGAGCCCGACCAUGCCAUUGCCGCGUUGUUCACGAAAGCGAAUUGCAGGGAUGACCAGGCUGCUCUGGGACAGUUGCUCUUCCGUACAACGGAUCUGGAUAGAGCUCGACUGGGAGAGUACCUGUCUCGUCGGACAUCUAAGGUCGCCCUCAAGUCCUUUGUCGAUACUUUUGGCUUGACGGCUCUGAGGAUUGACAAGGCGUUGAGAGUGUUCCUCCAGGCAAUGAACAUCCCGAAUAAGCCUGGCGCGCUGGAGUACCUUCUAGACUCCUUCGCUAGUCGGUGGUACGAAGCAAAUGCAGGAAUCGUCGCGUACGAUAAGGACCUCGCCAUCCGGCUUGUGCGUGCCAUCGUGCAACUCAACGAGGUCAUGCACGGGGCUAUCGCGCAGGAGUCUGGUAUCACAGGUUACCCGAGACGCAACAUCUUGUCGCACGACUUCAUCGAGGCUUUCAGGAAGUUCGACAGGAGGGGUCUGGUCAGCGAUGACCUGCUGGACAAGGUCUAUACCUCCAUCCGGAAGGAACGAUUGACGCAAGCACGCAGUCCGUCGGCGUCCAUGUCCCAGCCUGACAUCCCUGUCACCGUAAAGCGCCCCCUCCCAUCUCGCCUCACCUAUCGCAUGCAGUCGGAGCCUGUCGUCUUGCGCAUACCGCAGCCGGAUCCACAACUGACCAUCCAGCUGUUUGGCCAAGAUCUGGUCUUCGAUCCACCUGUGCUCAACUUUGCCAAGUCCUCGGAGGCGUCAUUCCGCGUCACCGGUACGUCGCUGGGUACGAAGUCGAUCAUCAUGUGGCGUUCCGGGCCAAAUGGUAUCCUGUACUCUGGACUGCCUCUCAGCAGCACCAUCGUCGUCGAGCGGGCCUUCAUGCGCAACACGUUCCAGCUGGCGUUCGUCGACCGCCAUGGCUCGAAGCGGAAGUACAUGUUCAGCCUCGAUGAUCCUCUCAUGCGACACCAGUGGUCGGUUUCGAUCAAGCGUCAAAUCGACAUCGUGGCGUCCACGGUGUCGCCCGCUGAGGCGUCGGGGUCGUCCUCGAAGACGUACAGGGCGAACGAGAGACUCGCGUUCAGGGUCCUUCAGGAGACAUUGAACAGCUCCGAUGACGAGGAUGCGGUUCCUGCGUCGCCAAUUGACCAGGCGCUCGCGCGAUUGAACGGUGCGCCUUCGCCGUGGCAUGCCCCCCAUGGCAGCACGUCAAGCGGGCGUGGCGCGUUGAACGGUUCAUAUGGUACAGGACGGCCGAGUCCUGGACACAUAGGCAACGGUGCGAGCCCUCACGUCCGCUCGAAGUCUCGGAGCAAGGUUUACCAUCGGCAUGGCCCUGGCAAGUUCGAGUUGGAGCUGAACGAUAGCUCGGACGCGCGGACGGACGACGAACAAGUCCAUCCGGAUGGUUCGGCCCAUUCGCAGCAGCAGCGGUUGUGGAGCGGGCGUGAUCUGGAGAUCGUUUGCCGGCAGAACAGCUUGAUCACUCCGAUGCUGGCAUACCUGCAGGCCGGUCGGAGAGAUACAGACGUGCCAGCUGGUGCUGUAUCAUAG